AUGAGGUACGAUGGAACGCAAGACCCACUGGAACACCUCACGGCCUUCGAGGGCUCGGUAACCCGCUUCUCCGACAUCAGCCAUGCCUUCCUGGCUCAGUUCACGACCAGAAUUGCCAAAGCCAAGCACCCGAUCAAUUUGCUGGGCGUGACCCAGAGAGCCGGGGAGCCGACCAGGAAAUACCUAGAUCGCUUCAACGACGAAUGCUUGGAAAUCGACGGGCUGACGGACUCGGUGGCGAGCUUAUGCUUGACUAACGGACUCUUGAACGAGGACUUCAGGAAGCACCUCACCACAAAGCCAGUAUGGACAAUGCAGGAGAUCCAAUGCGUCGCUAAGGAAUAUAUUAACGACGAAGAAGUCAGCCGGGUCGUAGCUGCCAACAAACGGCAACCCCCCUACAACCAAACCCGCCACUACGAGGGUGGAGAAAGACAAAAGGAACACGCCAGGGACGGCGGUCCGAGUAAAGCGCCAAAGCCAUUUCCCCGAGUAGGGAAAUUCACCAACUACACCCCCCUCACAGCACCAAUCACGAAAGUUUAUCAACAGAUAGCCGAGAAGGGGAUACUGUCGAGACCCCGGCCUCUGAAGGACAGAACGGGGGGAAACAAAAUCCUUUACUGCGAAUAUCACAACGGAUACGGGCACAAGACCCAAGACUGUUUCGACCUAAAGGAUGCCCUGGAACAAGCAAUUAGGGACGGAAAGCUUGCCGAAUUCUCCCACCUCAUAAGGGAACCAAGGAGACGGAAUCGCGAUCACGAGGGCGAGGACAGGCCCCGGGCGACAAGACGACGCCAAGAACCAGAGGGGGACGACCACGGUCUCACGGUGGUGAACGUGGUAACAGCGAGGAAUUCCGCCCCGAGGUCGAGAUCGGCACAGAAGAAAGAUGCCAAAGUCCUGGCUGUCUCCUCCUCACCCGCGAGAAGUUCCCGGGGACUCCCAUCCAUCUCCUUCGGCGCCGAAGACCAAUGGUUCGACGAAGUACCGGAAAGUCCCCCCAUGGUCAUCACGGCCAGAGUCGGAACCGGCCUCGUCAAAAGGAUCCUAGUGGAUACAGGGGCGGACUCGAACAUUAUAUUUCGCAACGUUUUUGAUGCCUUGGGACUGCAUGACGCCGACCUAGCGACCCACCAGCACGGAACCUUUGAUGGAGAUGAUCAGAGUGAAUGCCGACCUGUUUGCUUGGACGCCAGCCGACAUGCCAGGGAUAGAUCCUCAGCUCAUGUCACACUAUCUGGCCGUCAAGUCGGAGGCUAA